AUCUGAUCUCGUCGUCGCCGCCGCCGCCUUCAGAUCCCGUACUUAUUAUUACAACACGGGCUUUUAUUCCAAUCAAGUGGCUGAUUGCUAUGGCAUCACGACGGAAUAUCCGCUACGCUCCUCUAUCUUCAUCAGAGAGAGACGAUGAUAUACACCAACAUGACCCCCGGUUCACCUACAAUCCGAGGGCCCUUGACAGGGUUCCAUGGAAGUCAAUUGGUCUCGCACUUUUUCUUCUGUUCUUGGGAUCAUUUCUGCUGUUUCUGUCAUUCUUCGUCUUCACAGGCCACUUGGGUGGUGAGAGAUCACAAGCGUAUGGCCUUCUUGUGCUUGGCAUACUUGCCUUCCUUCCUGGGUUUUAUGAGACGAGGCUUGCAUAUUACUCCUGGAGAGGUGCACCAGGUUAUAGGUUUGCUUCUAUUCCUUCUUACUGAACCGUAGAAGUUGUGUAAUAUUUGUCAUAAUUUAAUUUUCAGCUUAGUAUUUCCCCCCACUUUUUUUGGGCAUCAAGAGCUGUUAAAUCAAACAGAAAGCUCUACCUUUUGACAUUUCAUUGUAUUUUGCGAAGGGCCAAGAACUUGAAUUUGAAUGUUGCCGAAUUAAGGUUUUUUUUUUCC